AUGUCCCCUUCUGGCGACAAUCACAACAGCUCCCCUCAAAACUAUCAACCCGCCGUGCCCGCAGAUUUAAUCCGGGGUCCCAACCAACACGCAAUGGAGCCUCAAACACAGCCAAAGGAGACCCGCAGCUCCUCAGAGAGCAGCGCAGCCUCAUUAAAGAGCCCUCGUACGGCUCGAUUUGCCGAGGCCACAAGCAUUCAUUCACCGAUAGAGCAACCCGCCCGCUCGCCCUUCGCGGACCCUCCUCAGACGUCCCAGGGUGUUGCGGACACUGGUUUUGGGUUCAUUCAGACUCCCGGCAUUCAGGACCAGGCGCCUCCCAUGUCGCCCUUCCGACCGGAUCUGAAGGUGCCCAAUACUGCUCGUUCGUUGAAUCCGCUCAGCCCGACUUUCCGAGAGGAGUAUUUCCUCGAGAAGCAGGAGGCCACUGCGAAGAAAGAGAACGCCCGCGACCUGAGAAUCAAACUCCGGGUUCGCCUGGCCAAGAUCUUCCUUCGUUUUGUCAACUUCGGCUGUAGCCUCAUUGUGUUGUCUAUGUUGGCAGUGACAUUGCGUGUCUUCCAAUCGACAGUCGAUCUCCCUCCACGAAAUAGUGCUACUGCAUGGGCCCCAGGUACCACGCCAUGGACCCAGUGGCUCCUGCUUGGAUUGUCAUGUUUUUCACUGUUGGCCUGUUUGAUCAUUUUCUGGGGUUACUACAAGGGUGGCCACAAGCGUGCAGAGAAGGUCGCGAUCUACUACAGUGUUAUCUCGGUGGUCUACUUCACCUUCAGUUUUGUGAUAUGGAUUGUCGGCGCAGCAGUUUACUACCACUCCAAAGCUACAGGGAACUCGAAGGAUAUGUGGGGAUGGACGUGUGCACAGAAUACUCGCGAACAAGUAUACUCGAACGUCAUCGACUACGCGCUGCUCUGCCGUCUCCAAGACUGGGGACUGGUCUGCGCCAUCAUUGAAAUUGUGAUCGAGCUGAUCGUCAUCCUGAUCUACGUCGUUGUGUUCUACCGCUUCUACACGAAGCGUCGUCUGAUGAAGACCAUGAACAACCGCGACCAGGCCCGCUCAGACCUGUACCUCGCCCAGUUGCAUUUGCAGUCUGCCCCCAAUACCCCCGGCUUCCCCGGCUUCUCUUCCUACCCACCCAAGUCCCCCUUCGCUGCAACGGUCACGACCUAUCCUGUUGACCACUACUCCAAUGCCGAGAAGGGCCAGGCUCCUACACAGUACGCCACGCCCGUCUCACCAACUCGCCCCACUCCAGCCUUCCAGCUGCAGGCGCCGCCUAUUCGCGUUCAGCAGGCGACUCCAAAGACAGCGCAAGAAGGCUUUGUGCCUCAAGCUCAUACCCCCUCACCACCUCCACCACAAGCGGAGGAGCAGCACAUGGAAGCUGCGCCUGGUGAACAGAGCUAUGGCUCUGUGCCGAUCCCCGGAGCCUAUGCAAAUGCCAGUGAACCCAUGCAUCAUUACACUUAG